AUGGCGGGUCUCGGCCACCACAGUGAUGUGAUUCGUGGUUUAACUGAAGAGAGAGACCUGCUGAAUGCCAAACUCACUGAAACUACUAAGGAGCUACACCGACUGCAGUGUUUGUCCACACAGAAGAAAACUUGUCCUGCAGGAUGGAAGUUGUUCAGCUGUUCCUGUUAUCUUCUCUCCAGUGUGCGUGCUACCUGGUCAACAGGCAGACAGGACUGCAGAGAGAGAGGAGCAGAUCUGGUGAUUAUAAACAGCCUUGAAGAACAGAAGUUCUUCUCUACCUUCACCAAGGAAGAAACUAUGAGUUGGAUUGGUUUGACUGACAGAGACACAGAGGGAAUCUGGAAAUGGAUUGAUGGAACACCACUGACUUUAAGGUUUGGCUUCAGAUUGGUUGUUUAUUGA